AUGAGCAGAAGAUUUAUUGCCUAGUAUCCCUUAUCACCUCCAAUGAAUGAUAUCUCCAAUCUCUACAAAAAAAUCAGAAUAUAAUAGCAAUUACAAUUCUUUGAUGAGAUAAUCAAAAAGGUAAAAUUCAAAAGGCCAGUACCACAACCUAAAAAAAAUAAAUUGCCCAUAUCUGUUUCCUCAAAAACGAUUUAAUUGUAAAGUGAACGAUCUCUUUCUAUUCGUUCACCAAGAAUAUUAGAAUUACCCAAGAAAUAAAUGUUGCCGCCUAUUUCUAGGUAAAAAGCAUCUAUUUCUGGUUGGGAAGUAAAUACAUCCAAUGAAUCAUUUUUAUAUUAUUAAUGA